AUGGCCAACUUUCUCAGAUUUUUCUCUGUUCUCUUGUUUCUCUCCACUCCAGUAUCAUCCCAACUCAAUGAAUUCUUUUUUCAUGGAUUCAAAGAUUUGAGCACCAACAUAACCUUACGUCGAGAGGCAAAAAUGGAGAAAAACAGUUUUCUUUGCUUAACAAACGAGACCUCUCGUUUACAAGGUCAAGCCUUCUAUAGCUCGCCGAUCCAGUUCAAGAACUCCACAAAUGGACAAGUCUUUUCUUUCUCUACGUCUUUUGCUCUGGUUAUUGUCCCUCAAUAUCCAAAACUUGGUGGCCAUGGCCUCGCCUUCACGAUCUCAACAUCUAAAGACCUCAAAGGUCGUCCAAGUCAGUACCUAGGCCUCUUCAAUGAAACCAAUACGGGAAACUUCUCAAAUCAUUUAUUUGCCGUUGAGUUUGAUACAGUUCAAGAUUUUCAGUUCGGAGAUAUUGACGACAACCAUGUUGGCAUCGACAUCAACAGCUUGAAUUCGAAUGUCUCUUCAACUGCAGCCUACUUCGAUGACAGUUCAACGAAACAAAAUUUGAAUCUCAAGAGUGGAGCACCAAUCCUGGCUUGGAUCGAUUACAGUGCAUCUGAAAAUUUGUUAAAUGUCACCAUCUCUCCAAAUUCUUCCAAACCAAGAUUGCCCCUCUUGUCUUUUAACGUCAAUCUUUCGCCAAUCUUUCAUGAGUUCAUGUAUAUUGGCUUCUCUUCUGCAACAGGACUGCUUUCUAGUUCUCAUUAUAUUUUAGGCUGGAGUUUUAAAAUCAAUGGAGAAGCUAGAGCUCUUGAUCUCUCUUUCCUCCCUCCAAUCCCGGACAAGAAAAAGCAGACAGGUUUGUACAAAUACCAAACAAAAACUUUUUGA